ACUCGCCAUUUUAAUGCGUUUGAGUGUCGUCGUGUGGGUUUGCUGGUGCUGUGUCCGCACUAGGUCCAACCCGAAAUACAGUUUUCUUUUUGUCAACAUAAUAUUUUCGUCUUUUUGCUCAACCGAUCGUUGUCCCACGAUAUCGGCAUAUCAUUUAAGUUUCUCUGAUUUAAUACGGAUUUAACUGGAAACACAGCCAUGAUCACCAGAAAAAGAGGAAGAAGCAGUCUCUCCUCUGACGUCACAUGUACAAGUUCCUUUCAAGAGAGUGAUGAUGUCUUCAAAACCGGUAAUACGAGUGAAGUAAACACGUCUCCAGAAAGUGACAGCAAUGAUUGGGGCCUGGAUGACUUGCUUGGCUCUAAUUUCAACUGGAACCUGGACGACAACGUGCUUGAUUCCUUCAGCAACUUCGACAGAGAACAUUCGUCCCAGACAUCGGGCAGCGACGUGACCAAUCAAUACAUGGAAGCUGAUGCUCCUGCAUCCCACAAAAGAGGCGCAGUCCAGCGGGCUAAACUGCAAGAUGUCUCUGGUCAGAUCAUCAACAAGAAUGCCAUUGCAGCGAGGAUCAACCGUUUAAAGAAGAAAGAGUAUGUCAGUAGCUUGGAGCAGAGAGUUGGCUCCUUGACGUCGGAAAACCGCAUUCUCAAGCAGGAAAAUGGGAACCUCAACAAAAGGGUGGAAGAACUGGAGAAUGAAACUAGGUACUUGAGAGCCGUGCUGGCCAAUGAGAGCAUGCUGGCUCAGCUGUUAUCUAGAUUGAGCGGUGUGAACGGCAUGAAAUUCUCUUCCUCGCUUUUCCAGGAAUCCAACGAGAACGACCACGAUUACGCAAUCCCCAGGAAGAAGGCAAAGGUUGAGGACAAAGAUACUGCAGGUGGCAUCUGCCUGCAUGUGGACAAAGACCACGUCUCGGUGGAAUUCUGCACCAAGUGUGCGGAAAUGUCAAGCUUGUCGCUUAAAAUGUAGGGUCAAGUAUUUUACCUUUUCAGCGUUUCCUGAGACUGAACUUUGCACGAGAUGUAAAUGAUCAUUGAAGGGACAUGACGACACUAGUUGUCAAAUGUAGAGUUAACUGUUUGAGUGUGUGCAGGGCUUGAAUAGCAUGUCUUUUAAACCUGCUUUCAAUACAAGUUACUGCUAAACUUGUUGACAGUUUUCUUCUAGGUGCUUGGUGCGCCAUGCUGGAUGAAUGCGUCACAGAACAUCCAUGACUGCCAGAAUCCAUGGUAAGGAUCAAGAUAUAGAAGACUGCACAGAAAUGGUUAACUCCUAAGAUACAGAUGAAGACAAUGUUGUGUUGCCAGUUCAAGCAAGGCACACAGAGUGAACUGUAUAUAAAUCUAAGGGUUUUGUUUUUGUUCUGGUUUUUGUUUCUUUGGUUCAAAGCAAAGAUAAUAAGAAAAGAAAAAUGCAUUGUGUGAGUUACAUAUUUUGGAUGUUAAAUAGGAUUACACAAUGAAGUGUAGUUUUUCAUUUCAGUUGAAGCUUAGAACCUAUUAGAAAAGUUAUGUGAAAAACCUGUCUAAAAUAUGUACAUGGGUGAUGUUUCACAAAGAGUUUAUCUUUACUAAAAUUAUCAGUUAUAACAUAUGUUUUAAAAUGUUUGGAACGUUGAUGUUGACUUCAACAGAUAAACGCAAAAAAUAUACCCUUUGUGAAAUAUCGCUGUUUUUCUAAAGAAUGUUUUUCAUGUCGAAUCCUUAUUUUUCUUUAUGCUAAAGUGGAUUUUGCUGUGGGGAAAGCAGAAGAGUCGGGACCACCAGCUUGCAUCAUGGCCUGGUAAAUUUAAUAAGGUAGUACGUGAAACUAUGUAAGUUACAGCUUUUACUGAUCAUUUCUAUCACACCUUGAGAUGCCAGAUAUUGUCAUGUUUAAUUAGCAUCUAAAGUGUUACGUAUAGUAAUACAAAGAAGUGAAAUAGUGAAUUAACAUCUGUUGCAUUAAUGCAAGGCAUCCUGGUAUGGAAAAGCUAUUGGGAUUUUUUUUUUUUAUGUAGACCAGAUGGGAAGAGAAACUGUAUGUUCUACAACAUCAUGUUCAACGGUUUAUAUUGUCUGAGGAAUGAUAGUACACAUGUGAGAUGUAUUGAAAAUCUAAACACUGCAGGCACAUGGCUACAGCUGUUUUAGAAUCAUAUGUAAUAAAUUUUGAUUGAACACUCA